AUGGAUCUUCGAAAGGAGGAUGGUCUCCUCUGGCGUCUACACAACAGCUUCUAUUUUGUACUCUGUCUACGAGCAUUUUCCGUGAUUCUGACGCUAAUCACCCUAAUCAUCUGCGUCUCCAGCCAGCAUUGGAUGAAUAAGAUGGCGUCCGUUGCCGGCCUUUUCUUCACUAUUAUUGCCUUUAUCAUGUACAGCUGCUCGAUCGGGGCGGUAUAUAUGUGCAAACUGAGGACAAGCGCCCUCGCGAAGCGUGCCCUGUUCGUGUUCGUGGGGGCGCUGUGCUCGUUGGCGUCGGCGGUGCUCUACGUUUUGGCGAUACACACCUGUGAUCAGUGGUCUUUCCAUUUUGGGUGUUCCUCUUCCUACCUAUCAACGGGAAUGCAAGUCGCUGCGGCAUUCGCCUUCCUUUGCCUCUUCUGCUCGUGCCUUGAUUUUGGUCUGCAACUGCUGUUCAACCACGCCCAACCCCGGCAGCCAGUCAGUUUUGUGACACCGCCCGACUUAUGGUCGGCCGAGAGAGCGACGUGUGAUGGAGGCUCUUUGUAUACGGCGCAACGCCCCUAUGCCUAUCACAACCAAGGCCUUCAGACUGACGUC